GGUCACUUGGAUGUGUGGUAGUAACUGCAGUUCAUCUGUUUAAACUCAGAGGGACGCUGUUGGUCAACCAGUGGAUAUUAGGUCUUAAUUUUCUGGCGUAACCUCCCCCUGUAUAUCUAGCAAGACCGACUGCACAUUUGACUACAGACACGACUGGACUUACUGACAACAUCUCUUUCAUUCAGAGGACUGUAUAUGCGCCAUCUUUGUUUCUUUGUUUCAGGAUCACUGCAUGAACAACAGCUUGUUACGGAUGAUUUUGUACUGAUCCGUGCCUGUUGUAAAAUGGAUAUGUCGAGCAAAACAAAGAUCUGGCAAGUACUAGUGUUUAUGUUCUUAUUUUCAUUCGGUAUCGUUAGCGGACAAGUAAGCUAUUCUAUUCCCGAGGAGUUGUCGACGGGAUCUGUGGUCGGUAACUUAGCUCAAGAUCUGGGUUUAGAUGCGAAAAGAUUGAAAUCGGGUAAAGCGCGCAUUUAUACAGGUGACAAUACCAAAUACAUCGAUCUAAAUAAAGACAGGGGUGUAUUGAUAAUCAAAGACAGAAUCGACCGAGAGGCUCUAUGCGGGCAGACUACGCCCUGUGCUCUCCAUUUUCAGGUCAUUUUGGAGAACCCCAUGGAAUUUUACAGUGUCACCGUCGAAAUAACCGAUAUCAAUGAUAAUCCUCCACACUUUGACAAGGAAAAGAUGUUUUUUAAAAUUAGCGAGUCAGCUACGACUGGGGCUAAAUUUGUUCUGGAGAGAGCGAUGGAUUUAGAUGUGGGUAUUAACGGGUUGCAGGGUUAUUCUCUUACGCCCUCAGAUCAUUUCCUUCUUAAAUUGCUACCUCAAGCAGACGGAACUAAGAUUGUUGAAAUGGUUUUACAGAAACCACUAGACAGAGAAAAACAAAACCAAAUAUCUCUAGUUUUGACAGCUGUAGAUGGUGGCGAGCCGCAGUUGUCUGGCACAGCACAAAUAAACGUCAGUGUCUUGGAUGCUAAUGACAACGCACCUAUUUUUACGCAAGCUUCGUAUAAGGCUGUUAUCACGGAAAAUGCUCACAAAGGCACAGUAGUGACGACAGUCAGUGCUACUGAUUUAGAUGAGGGCUCAAAUGGGAAAGUGAGCUAUUCAUUCAGCAACAUUAUGGAAGAUGUAAGACAAACAUUUGCCAUUAAUGAACUAAGCGGUGAAGUGACUCUAGUUGGUAGUGUUGAUUAUGAAAAGGCUCGUCACUAUCAAAUUAAUGUACAGGCAACUGACCAGGGGGGUCUAACAGAUUCGUGUAAAAUAUUAGUCGAUGUAACAGAUACAAACGAUAACGCACCGACCAUAAAUAUAAUGUCGAAGUCAAAUUCCAUAUCAGAAGACUCGGCUAUAGGCACAGCGGUGUCCAUCUUAAAUGUACAGGACAAAGACUCUGGAGAGAAUGGGAAAGUCAAAUGUUUUAUAAACGAUGACAUCCCAUUUGCUUUGAAAUCGACCUCAAAUAACUUCUUUAGUUUAGUCACCGACGAUGAAUUGGACAGAGAGAGCAAUUCCGAGUAUAAUAUCACUGUAUUGUGUUCUGACGAAGGCUUGCCCUCGCUGUCCAGCAGUGUAUCUCUGUCGUUACAGAUAUCAGAUGUAAAUGAUAAUGCACCUGUUUUUGAAAAGGCAUCAUACGUUGCCUCUGUGGCCGAAAACAAUUCCCCAGGCUUGUCUAUUUUCGCAGUGAAAGCCAGGGACGCGGAUUGGAACCAGAACGCCCGUGUUUCGUACAUAUUAGAAGAAGCCUCGAUAGGUGGCGUAUCUGUUUCAUCCUACGUGUCUGUUAAUGCGGAGAGUGGUGUUGUUCAUGCAGUGAAGUCUUUUGAUUUCGAGCAGUUGAAGGAUUUUUCGUUUCGCGUAAAAGCACAAGAUGGGGGUUCUCCUCCACUAAGCAGUAACGUGAGUGUUAAAUUGCUGAUCCAGGAUCAGAAUGAUAAUGCACCCCAGGUGCUGUAUCCGGUGCAGACCGGGGGCUCCCUGGUGGCCGAGAUUGUGCCUCGGUCAGCUGAUGUUGGAUAUUUGGUCACCAAAGUAGUUGCUGUGGACGUGGACUCAGGUCAGAAUGCCUGGCUCUCUUAUAAACUACAGAAAGCGACAGACAGGGCACUGUUUGAAGUGGGCGCACAGAAUGGAGAAAUUAGAACCAUUAGACAGGUCACUGAUAAAGAUGCUGUGAAGCAAAAGCUCACUGUUGUAGUGGAGGACAACGGACAGCCCUCUCGCUCUGCUACUGUGAAUGUCAAUGUGGCUUUAGCUGACAGCUUUCCAGAAGUGCUCUCUGAGUUUUCGGAUUUUACGCAGAAGGAUACUAAUGACAACCUAACGUUUUUCCUCGUUUUGGCCCUGGCUGUGGUUUCAUUUUUAUUCAUUGUGUCCAUCAUAGCCAUACUAUCAGUGAAGUGCUACCGAUGGAGACGUGAGAGGAUGUUUUACAAAUCCAACGGCCAUCUCCCUGUCAUUCCAUAUUACCCUCCACUUUACGCGGACACAACAGGCACGGGAACUUUACAACACGUCUACAAUUACGAGGUUUGCAGAACAACAGACUCUCGAAAGAGUGAUGUGAAAUACGGGCGACCUUACACUGAAAGCAUCAUUAGUCUGGAUACAAAUGGAGAGCAGACGUUACCUCGUGAGGACCUCGGCACGCUGGUCAGGGAUAAAGAACAGGUAUGA